AUGCGCCAGUUGGUUUGACUUUUUGGGUGGACAGACUUUGGAAUCGCGACCCGUUGUUCCCUUUUUCGAGGCCACUAUUACUCAGUACGGUAUAGGGCCAAUCCGCUCCCACUCUGUCACCGCCAGACUUGCGAGAUCUCUUUCGCAUGUUAUCCCAAUACGACUCCUCCAUUUGUCGCAUACUGUAAUAGCCAACCGCCUCUGAUCGAGCUUCCGGAGUAAAUACACGGUCGAGGGCACUGUCCUUAAUCUGCCCAUCAUGGCGCCUGCUGGUGGUGGGAACAUUAAGGUGGUGGUGAGAUGUCGACCUUUCAAUAGUCGAGAAAUCGAUCGCGGGGCAAAAUGUAUUGUAGAAAUGAAGGAUAAUCAGACCGUCCUCACGCCACCAACCGACGGCACGCAUGCCGGUAAAGGGCCCAAAGAUUUAGCUCCCAAGUCCUUUGCCUUCGAUAGAUCCUACUGGUCCUUCAACAAAAGUGAUCCGACCUAUGCCGGACAGGAAAACCUCCAUAACGAUCUUGGAAAACCUCUCCUGGAUAAUGCAUUUCAGGGUUACAACAACUGUAUUUUUGCCUAUGGCCAGACAGGUUCCGGGAAAUCGUAUUCGAUGAUGGGUUAUGGCAAGGAACACGGUAUUAUUCCCAAAAUUUGUCAAGAUAUGUUCGAGAGGAUCAAAGAUUUGCAACAGGACAAGAAUACGCGAUGUACUGUUGAAGUAUCCUACCUUGAAAUCUACAACGAAAGAGUUCGAGAUUUGUUAAACCCGUCAACAAAGGGUAAUUUGAAGGUCCGAGAACAUCCUUCCACCGGCCCCUAUGUCGAGGAUUUGGCCAAGCUUGUGGUCGGUAGUUUUCAGGAGAUCGAGAACUUGAUGGACGAAGGUAACAAGGCGAGGACUGUCGCCGCUACGAACAUGAACGAGACGUCCAGUCGAAGUCACGCUGUUUUCACUCUGAUUCUGACACAAAAGUCUUUUGACACGGAUACCAAGAUGGAACUGGAAAAGCAAGCAAAGAUUAGUCUGGUCGAUCUCGCAGGUUCAGAAAGAGCAACAUCCACAGGUGCCACAGGUGCUCGACUCAAAGAAGGUGCUGAAAUCAACAGGUCACUCUCAACUCUCGGUCGUGUGAUAGCAGCGCUGGCCGAUCUCUCCACGGGGAAGAAGAAAAAGGGCGCUGGAGGGACUGUACCAUACCGAGACAGUGUGUUGACAUGGCUCCUCAAGGACUCGUUGGGUGGAAACAGUAUGACGGCCAUGAUUGCGGCUAUUAGUCCCGCUGAUAUCAAUUAUGACGAGACUCUGAGUACCCUGCGCUAUGCGGAUUCUGCCAAACGAAUCAAGAACCAUGCUGUGAUCAAUGAGGAUGCCAAUGCUCGUAUGAUCAGAGAGUUGAAGGAAGAACUUGCUCUACUAAGGAGCAAACUUGGAGGCGGAGCUGUGGGAGUAGCUGGCGGUCCUGGCGGUGCUCCUGUGCCACCUGAGGAGAUCUAUGCUGAAGGCACACCGUUAGAGAAGCAGAUCGUUAGCAUUACUCAAGCGGAUGGCACAGUCAAGAAAGUUUCUAAAGCUGAGAUUGCCGAACAGCUCAGCCAAAGUGAAAAACUACUGACCGACCUUAAUCAGACCUGGGAGGAAAAGCUCCAGAAAACCGAGGAAAUCCACAAGGAGCGUGAGGCUGCGUUGGAAGAGCUCGGGAUCAGCAUUGAAAAAGGCUUUGUCGGGUUGCAUACACCAAAGAAAAUGCCACAUUUAGUCAAUCUAUCAGAUGAUCCCCUUUUAGCAGAAUGCUUGGUUUACAAUCUCAAACCAGGGAAGACAACUGUUGGGAAUGUGGAUUCCAACGCGGAGCAUCAAGCUAAUAUACGUCUCAAUGGAACUCGGAUUAUGCACGAUCACUGUACCUUUGACAAUGCUAUGGAUGGCACCGUCACGAUAACACCAGGCGAAGGUGCAUCGAUCAUGGUCAAUGGUAGACGGAUCACCGAGACAACCAGGUUACAUUCUGGAUACAGAGUUAUUCUUGGAGAUUUCCAUAUUUUUAGAUUCAACCAUCCCAUGGAAGCUAAGGCGGAGCGGGACGAGAACCGUCAAAGCUUACUCCGCCACACCGUGACAGCGAACCAACUGCAGAACAUAACCGCACGUCCAGGUCACGAACGGUCUAUGAGUAAAGCUGGGUCAGAACUUGGUGAUAGCCGUCCCGAAUCGCCUGCCCCUGUCCGUGAAGGGCGGGACUCGGAUUGGUCCCUUGCGAGGCGAGAAGCUGCCGGUGCUAUUCUUGGGACGGACAAAAAUCUCCAAAGUCUUACGGACGAAGAGCUGAAUGCUCUUUUUGAAGAUGUCCAGCGUGCCAGAGCUGAGCGUGUUAACGAGCGCGAGGGCGAGGAUGACGCGGAAUCGAAUUUGUCAUAUCCUGUUCGUGAAAAGUACAUGUCAACAGGAACACUCGAUAAUUUCUCGCUGGAUACAGCGUUAACAAUGCCCUCCACGCCCAAAGCUGGUGAAGCUGACGAACGACUCAAGGAGAUCCGAGAGACUAUGCAAUUUCAGCUAGAAAAACAGAAAGAAGAGUAUCAAGACCAGAUCAAGAGUGCUGAGGCUGCCAAUGUAGAGGUGGAAGAGAUCAAGAAAGAGAAAGAGCGAAUGGAAGAAACAUUAGUCCAAAUCAAGAUCGACAUGGAAAAACAGCUGGCGGUCCAGAAGAAAGAAUUUGAGGCCAAGAUAGAAAAGCUGGAUCCGCUCAAACGGCCAAAAGCCAAACCUAAACUUUCGGCAGAGGAAAUAGAGCGAGCAAAGAAGGCUGUCAACCAUUGGAAGAGUCGUCAUUACGUGCAGAUGGCUGAAGCUAUUCUACAACAUGCGGCAAUUCUGAAAGAAGCCCAGAUUAUGAGCCAAGAACUUGAAGAGAACGUUGUCUUCCAGUUCACAGUGGUGGACCAAGGCCACGGGUUAUGCUCCUCCUAUGACAUGGUGCUCAAUGACGUAACCAAUGAAGAUGAUAUUGUGCUUGAGCAAACCCAGAAACCUUGCGUUGGUGUUCGUGUGGUCGAUUACAAGAACAUGGUGAUCCAUUUGUGGAGCGUGGACAAGCUUUACGACCGAGUAAGGCAGAUGCGUCAAAUGCAUCAGUAUCUCGAUCAGCCCGAGUAUUCACGUCAUUUCAAGCUUGAUAAUCCGUUUGUUGAGGCUUGCAUGCCCGAAUACUCUCUUAUCGGCGAGGUUGACGUUCCCUUGAAAGCUGUCUUCGACAGCCGAGUCCAAGAUUUCACUUUGGAUGUCUUGUCGCCGUACACAUCGCAUGCCAUCGGCAUCAUCAAGGUUUCUCUAGAGCCUUCUAGUGCUCGUGCACCGUCAAGUACAUUGAAGUAUAAUGUGGUUAUGCAUGAUAUGGUUGGUUUCGCGGAGCGAGAAGGAACUGACGUACACGCCCAGCUUUUCAUCCCCGGCGUAUCAGAGAACGGUGCUACAACAACGCAAAUGAUCAAAGAUUUUGACGAGGAGCCGAUACGAUUCGAUAGCGUUCAUAGUAUGAGCGUUCCUUUAUUCGGGCCACGAGACAUCAGCUUAAGAAUUGCCAUCUUCGCAAAGGUUACUGCGAUGCAUCUUGAUAAAUUGCUGAGCUGGGAUGAGAUGCGUGACAUCACACCAGGAUCAGAGAACAAACCCCAAGGUGCACGCAUCAGCGAGUCCCAAUUUUAUACCGCCGAAAAGCAUGACCUGUUGGCACGAAUCCAGGUUCUUGAAAUUGAUGAGGAGGGUGCGUAUACGCCUGUGGAGGUCACGCAGACUGGCGAACUGGAUAUUGGAACGUUCCAAUUACAUCAAGGCCUACAAAGACGCAUAGCUGUCAACUUAUCCCAUAGUUCGGGCGAUGCUUUACCGUGGGAAGAUGUUAGCUCGAUGAGAGUCGGGAAUGUGCAACUAGUGGACCAGUCAGGCAAGGUUCCCGAUAUGUUGUCGCCCACUCCGGAUAUUGCCCUGAGGCUUGGUGGCAAGCCAAGUUUUCGACAAAAUGCGAACGGAACAAGGAGUGCUACAAUAUCAGGGCACUGGGAUUCCAGCUCACACAAUUCCUUACUGCUCGAUCGAGUUACCGCGGACAAGUAUAAGGUUCAGUUGACACUUUCAUGGGACGUUGUUGCAGAUAAAUUGGCAGAACCAAUGCGAUUUUCCACCAACAUUUAUUGCCAGAUCCUUGGGCGGACAUAUGUGCGUCAAGCCUCGAUGCUCUCGGCUCUAUGGCAACAUGUCCGAAUCGUCCAUUCUUCAACGGCAAUUUUCUCAUUAGGUUUAAAGCCAGCCCCGGUUAAACAUGCUGGUGAUCUUUGGAGAAUGAACAGUCAACAUGACUAUGUGAAGGGCGAAGAGGACCUCGUCAACUGGGGCCCGAGGGGGGUAUCCCUAAUAGCAGAUUACAUCGCUGCGAGAAGAAAGAAACGGCGCAUUGCUGAGAUUGGAGCUGCGCAGCUUUGGCUCAAGAAAAUCGGUCUACCCGAGCCCAAACCCAAGCCGAUCGAGGUUGAUGAUCACUCCGAGGAAGAGCUUUCGCCGGUGAAGGCUCAUGACGGGGAUGACGAUUCAAUUAAUGCUUUGCUUAAUGACACGCCAGAGACUUCGCGGCCAUCGACACCCAAUAAAGCUGAUGAGGAUGACGAUCUCGAUGAUAUGGAGGAUUUUUCCGGAAUUAUAGACGAUAUAGAGGAUACGGAGCAUACAGAGAGUGCACAAGUGAAGGCCGCCGAGAGUACUGAGGCAGAAGAUGUCGCAGAGAGCGAAGAGAUUACGAAGCCUGAAGAGGGCAUAGAAAGCGCGAAGAUUGAAGAGAAGGCAGAGACUACAAAGCCUGAAGAGGACUCUGAGAAGAAGCUCCCAUCCGAGUACAACGAAGACGAGUCUACCAUCCUCAAUAAGUGUAUCGACUUAUGGAAGCGUUACCCCGACCCCGUUUUCAAUAUCCUGAGCCCAGCGAACACACUACCUCCCACAAAUGGCAUAGCUCCAGAAUCGGCUGCACCACCGAGACUGAUUGCGACAGUUAUUCGCAUACCUAAGAAUCCAUCCGUUCUCAAAGGUGGCUACCUCUUGGUACCGAGUAACGAUUCAUCAAAAUGGGUGAAGCGUUUUGUUGAACUCCGGCGACCAUAUAUGCAUAUCCACAAUGCUACAAACGGCGACGAAGUUGCCAUUGUCAGUCUUCGUAAUUCAAGGGUUGACAGCCAGCCGGAAAUACUAGCGCUCUUCGGUGGACACGAUAACGGCCAAGACGAUGAAGUGCUAGCGGACAGCAGUAGUGGGAAUUUUCAACCUAGUCAUCGCAGGACAUCUUCAGGGCGACUCAUCUCUUCCAUUUGGGCUGGCAAUCAAACGCAAGGCGGUCCUGGCCUCGGCGGGCUGAGCGAGCGCCUGCAAGCUGGCGUGUUUGCGGUCUACGGAACUGACAAUACUUGGCUCUUUGCGGCUCGCAAUGAGAAAGACAAGCUUGAUUGGAUCCUCCGUAUCGAUCAAAGCUAUUACUCGGGUACUGCCAGUGCCAGCGGUAGUGGAGCUGUCAGUCCACAGCCUAGGCAUUAUGCUCUCAGCGACGACUAACUUGUCAACGAAAAUACUGCCAGACUCGAUGAGCUUCGACAGCUGACUGAAUUUUUGUUUUGGAUGGAAUGAGGUCAUGACAAAUAAUAUAUGAUUACACAAAAUUCACGCAGCAUAUAAAUAUCUUGGUUUCCGGGGGGGCAAUUUGACGACCUAUAGGCGUUUCUUGUUCUUUUUUCUUCCCCUAUUCUCUUCGUUUUCUUUUGUCGUUAUAAUGCAUCACCGUCCCGGCUUGUAUAUAUAACUUCUCGAAACCUCACAUUUGUGGCUCUCAGGUCAACUUAGAUUAUACCCCCCAUUGCACCCUCCUUGCGAGGCUGUUUCAAGAGAAAUAGAGAGGAUCAACAUGAUUUUGGGAUAGUGAAUAAAUGUGUGGCUGCGAUGCUAGAUACCUUCUCAGUGUGAGCAAGGUGGGUGAGCGUGAUUAGGUUUGAGAUUGGUAGUGGG